UGAAAUCAGCUGCUCGCCGUUUAUCGCUGUUGAAUUGUCAAAUAAUUGUAAUGGCCUGUCAGGCGUAGAGUAAGCAACUUGCUCUAUGGUCGCAUUUAAUUUAAUAAAAACGGAAAGUUCGAGAGGCAAGUGAACAAGUCCCGCUGAUAUUCGCCAAAAAUCGUGCGUCUUUCGCUCUACACAGGCGAGUGACAGCGGGAGCGGCAGAUGCAGCAGCAGCAAUACCAGAGACGAAGACGGAGACGGAGCCAAGCGAACAGAAUCGGAAGCGAGUAAAAAAAAAAGUAAGCGGCUCGAAUUUUGGCAUUGCUGUUUGAAGCAAAACGUAGCGGCCUGUGUGCCAGUAAUAUUACAGCGCUCAACAGUUUCGUUUGGAUGAAAUAAUAACAAAAAAAAAAUAUAUACAAAAUUUUAUCAGCUAAAUUCAACCGAUCAAAUAUAUUCGCAAGUUUCGGCCAAAUUUUCCAUGUAUUUAUAGAAUCAAAAUAGCCAUUCCACCCAGAAGCAAGAGAGCGGUAAUACAAAAAACGAAAUUUAAAAAGAAACGGCUAGCGCAAUAAAAAAAAAAAAACAAGAAUUAAAAAAAAGUACCGUGCGUGAUUUUUAAAGUGUGGCCAAAUUACUCGAACUUCAUACUCUGCCCAUAAGCCAGCUCAGGCAGAUGCUGCUCCUGAUUAAACCAACAACAACCACAACGCCUGAACAAUGGAAAAGCGCAUUAAAUCUGGCAACGGCCGCUGCGACAAUAACACGGUCGUGGCGGCUGCACCAGCUACCAAAAUCAAUGUGAGCAACAACAAACCGCAGCAGCUGCCCACGAAUACAACAACAACAACAACAAUAGCCGCUGAUGGCAACUCUAGUUCCAAGUUGACAGCCGCGUUUCGGAAUAUCAGAGUCAAUGUGCAGCCCAGCAGAGGCAUGCACUCCUGGCCGCGUCAGGACGAGCAGACGGUUCAGGCAACAACUGCAGCGAUUUCAGCUGCACGCGCCCGCGUAGAGGCAGCAACAGCAGCAGCGGCAGCAAACGCAACAACAGCAGCAACAACAACGAUAAUAAUAAACAACAAACAGAACAACAAUGUUAUGAAGCUGCAGAAGCAUCCAUCCUCAGUGUUGGCAAUCGCCGAACAAUAUGCAACGAUUGCGGCCAGUUACAGGACGAAGCCACGCAACAAAAGUGACGAGGCCAUCAACGAUCUGCUGCUGCGCAUACCGGACAUUGCACAAAUAUUCGAUGUACAGAGCCGCAUCGGUAACGGUACAUUCAGCACUGUGCUGCUGGCGACGCUCAAGCGGGAGGCACAGCUGCCGGACAGCAUGCGUCGCAAGUUUGCGAUCAAACAUCAUAUACCCACCAGCCAUCCCGAUCGCAUUAUGAAGGAGCUGCAGUGCAUGACAGAUAUGGGGGGCACCGACAACGUUGUGGGCAUCCAUUGCUGUUUGCGCUGCGAGGCGUCGGCGGCAUUCGUGAUGCCCUAUAUGCCGCACGAUCGUUUCCAUGAUUUCUAUACCAAGAUGGAGGUGCCGGAGAUCCGUUUGUAUAUGCGUAACCUGCUGCUGGCCCUGCGGCAUGUCCACAAGUUCAACAUAAUUCAUCGCGAUGUGAAGCCCAGCAACUUUCUGUACAAUCGACGGCAGGGCCAGUUUCUGCUCGUGGACUUUGGCCUGGCGCAGCAUGUGAAUCUAAGCGGCGGCCCAACCAGCGUAACUGCCUCCCAGCAACAGCAACAGCAGCAGCAGCAGCUGGCGACCAGCAACAGCAAGCGACCACGCGACGCCUCUGGGCAGCAGCAGCAGCAGCUGGCGGCAUCAGCAGCAGCAGCAACUGCAUCGGAGGCGGCACUUGGCGGCGCGGUCAAGCGGAUGCGGCUCAACGAUGAUAGCAAUGCCAGCAACUGGAACAAGAUGCCGCUCAAGCCGGUCAACGAGAUUGCGCAGAGCGCCAAGUGCGAUAUCAAACAGAGUCUCACCGAGAUCGCGCCCGACACACAGCAACAGCCGGCGCCGCCGCCGGGAUCGGGACAGGCACAGCCACAGUCCGUGCAGCCGGCGGAGUCGAGCGUGGCGACCAGCAGCAGCAAGUACAACACGAAUCGCAUCGCUGGCGGCGGUGGCGGUGGUGGUGGCAAUGCGAAGUGCUAUUGCUUUGCGAAUCCGUCCGUUUGCAUCAAUUGCCUUAUGAAGAAGGAGGUGCAUGCUUCGCGAGCGGGCACGCCCGGCUAUAGGCCGCCCGAGGUGCUGCUCAAGUAUGCGGAUCAGACAACCGCCGUGGAUAUAUGGGCAGCGGGCGUCAUCUUCUUGUCGAUACUGUCCUCCGUCUAUCCGUUCUUUAAGGCGCCCAACGACUUUGUCGCACUGGCCGAGAUCGUAACCAUAUUUGGUGAUCGCGCCAUACGCAAAACGGCCCUGGCCCUGGAGCGCAUGGUGACGCUUAGCCAGCGCUCGAAGCCGCUCAAUUUGCGCAAGCUGUGCCUGCGCUUCCGGCAUCGUCUCAUCUUUAGUGACCAGCAGAUGGUGCGCAAGCACGAAUCACCCGACGGCCGGAUCGAUGUGUGCAAGAACUGUGAUCAAUAUUUCUUUAAUUGCCUCUGCGAGGAGAGCCCCUAUGUGACCGAGCCGCUCGAUCCGUACGAAUGUUUUCCGGCCAGCGCCUACGAUCUGCUCAGCCGCCUGCUCGAGAUCAAUCCGCAUAAGCGCAUCACCGCCGAACAGGCGCUCAAUCAUCCGUUCUUCACCGAGCAGGCGCCAGCUCCGGCUGUGCCCGCUGCCGUUGCCGCCAAACUGCGCACCGAGGCGCCCAAGCAAAUGACGCGCAGGCGCGCCACCAAAGCGGCAGCGGCAGCGGGAGCGGGAGCGGGAGCUGCAACUGAACCUGGAGCGGGAGUGGGAGCCAGAGCGGCAGCUGCUUCACCAGCCGCUGGGCAGGCGCAACAAACUCUAAACAAACUGUGAAAACUAGUCGAAAACCCUUUGAUAACCUCUAGAGCUUAGGAUAUAUAUACAUAUAUAUA